ACUAGUCCGGCUGAUGUGUCAUGUGGUCUGUGCUCCUUUUACGUGGGGACGAUGAAAUUGGUUGUGACAGAUGUGAUAGCCGGUUUCACCCUCAUUCUAUGUGUUUGGGUUUGCCUGAUGAUUUAGUUAAAAGUAUAUUGAAUAUGGUGGUGAGGAUAUUGCCUUCAUAUGUACGGAAUGCCGUUGUAAAGAUGAUGUGGGAGAUUCUGUUGGUAAACAAGCCUUCAAGCAACUGUUUCAAACUGUGCGUGAACUUUGUGAAUUUGUUAAGAUGUUAGCUGUGCAAAUGCAGGACUUUGUUUCCGGUCACCAAGGAUCUAUGUCACGUACCGCACAUACUGAUGAAACUAUGCGCACAUUGAUUCGUGAGGAGGUACAUGAAAUGGAGGAAAGAAACAAACGAAAGUCUUCCAUCAUAAUUAGAGGUUUGGACGCGCGAACAACCACACAUGCAAACAAGCAGUUCCCCCAGACGUUGUGACAUGGAAUUGUCAAGAAAUCUGACUGUAGCUACUGUCCUUGUACUUGGGACUUCACUUGGCAUCUAUGUAUUGUGGCAAUAUCACAAUUCUUUAAAGAAAAAAAGAAAUAAGAUGAUUCCUCGAAUCCAGGACUUGGAGCAGUUGAAGCAGAUGAAAUGGGAGUGUGUUGGUAAAGUGAAAAAGGUAUUUGUUUAUCCUGUCAAGUCAUGCAAAGGACUUUCUGUUGACUCUGCACAAGCUCACUUCAGGGGACUGGUCUAUAAAACAGCAAGGGACAGAUCAUUUAUAAUUGCCACUGAGAAGGGAACAAUGAUUACUGGGCGUAUGGUGCCUUCAACUGUGCUGAUAGAGGCUACCUUUGAAGACAAUAUAUUGACUCUUAAUUUUCCUGGGAUGGAGGCACUACAUGUGGACACUAAAGAAGUAGAGAAAAAUUCCAUACGUCUCAAAACAAACAUCUGGGGUGAAGAUACUUAUGGCUUGGAUUGUGGGAAGAAUGUCUCCUUAUGGCUUCAAAAGAUUCUGCUUCGCAAAUGCAAACUCCUAUAUCAUGCUGACCUGCCUGCUGACCGUGUGUCCAACCAUCCUUUGGAGUCUUCAUGUCCUCUUUUGAGGACAGAUGAUCAUUCCUUGUAUGCAGAUUUUGGUGGGUAUAUGCUCAUGACUGCAGAGAGCGUGGCAGAUCUACAAACUAGAGUAAGUUCCAAGAUUGCUGCUGAGGAUUUCCGGCCAAACAUUUUGAUAGAGGGAAUCAAGAAACCUUAUGAUGAGGAUGAGUGGCAGUAUGUUAAGAUUGGUGAUACUGUCUUCAGAAAUACUGUGCCAUGUUCAAGGUGUAUUUUUACCACAGUUAGUGCUGAGACUGGCAAGAAAAAUCCUGACAUGGAGCCACUGCAUACUCUCAAGACGUAUCGGUGUGAGAAAGGAAUGGAUAGUCCAUUCUUUGGCAUCAACCUUGGCCUUGAUCUGGCUGGUAAGGUGAAUGUAGGGGACGAAGUUCACAUCACAAGGUCCGAAAGUUUUUAGAAGUAUGUGAAAGACUCAUCCAUAUCUUUGUAUUUUCAUUAUUCUGUACAAAGUAUCAAAGGAUGAUUUUGUUUUGUCAAAGUCUGUCAUAUUAAGAUUAUGAAGUUGUGGAAUAACAAAUGAUUGUAAGAUGUAUCCAUAUUUAAACUUUCUACUUUCUUGUAAGAAAACAAACCUUGUGCAAAAGUUAUGUUUCUUAGAUUCAUUUAUCAUGCUGCUACUGUUUACUUAUGAGAAAAUUGCAUGAACACCUGAGUAAACUUAAGAGAAUAUAUAAGGAUUGUACAUCAGAGCAGUGGCAAAAGAUAAUUUUCAGUGAUGGAAUAUUAAGUGUGAUAGCUGUCAUACAUAGGCAUUAGUAUAAAGUAGCAUAUAUAUAUUAAUAUGUUAUGAAUUAUAUUCAAUAUAUUCUAUAUCAUUCUAGAAAUAUGAUUUGUCAUAUGUUAAGACUAUCAUUCAAGUCAUAUCCAUGAGGCAAUAUAUUGUACACUGCUGAAUAUUUUGUACUCACUUCUAUCAACGUUAAGUAUUGUAAUAACCUCUUGGUGUUUACUUUCAGCAACUUGCUGAGAACUUUCCAUUAACUCAGUUCACACAUAGUUCCUGCUUUUCUUGUCAGAUCAGUUCAAUAUUUCACAUUCAAUUUAUUGGAAUUGGAUACAAACACAUAAAACCCUAAAUUUAAACAUCCUACAAGUUACUUCCUUCUUUAAACCUUCAUGAGGCAACAAUCAUAGACUGCAUCACUCAACUUUUAAGCCUUAUUUAUGAGUAUGAGGAUGACCUUUUCCAUGUUGCUUCAGGCUCCCCUCAGAUUUAGCAUCUUUGCAAUCUCUCAGCUUCUGCUUGCUGGCUGGCUCUUGUCUCUCUUCUACUUCAGGUACAUGGCAUGAUAUACGUCAGUUUGUUACAUUUAACUCCAAAACGCAACCUCGAUGAUAAGGUUGAAAAUCCCAUAUAUUUCACAUAAUUCACAUGCAGUAAUGCUCUUUACAUUCAUGAGCCACCUAUAGGUGGCAAAUAUUUUUUACGCAAUCAAGAUAUCAGGGCAGAGUUGGUAGAGUAAGUUGGAGAUAGUUAAUAAUACACCUCUGUUUACCUCUUUUAUUCCCUUGUUUAGACUUAAUUUUAAUUUCUUCAGCUGUUUUUGCUUUAUCCUCUGUUUGAUCCAGGUGAACCAUACAUCUCAGUCUUGGUUCAACAGCUGUGUGUCAAGUCUGUGUGAGCAUACUUUACUUUAGGUUCUGUAACAAGGCAGCUACUUGGUGCAGGCAACUCAUACAUGUCUGGGUCCUUUUGCCUUCAGGUACUUUCUUCCACGUGGGUCACAGUUAUCUUUGUUCAUGUGGGUUAGGACUACUGUAUUGGUACUGAAUUUUCUAUCUUUUCUCUAUUAUUUCUUCUUCCAUUCUUCUAUUUCUCUAAUUUUUCCACCUUCUUUAAUUGCUUCUUCUUUAUUCAACUACAUCAG